AUGUUACUAUUGGUGGAGAAGAGUAAAGGGGUAAUAUCAGCUUCCAACUACUUGAUCGGGCUCGGAAGCUAUGACAUCACUGGGCCAGCGGCUGAUAUUAACAUGAUGGGUUAUGCUAAAACGUAUCAGACUACAUCUGGAAUUCACUUGAGGUUGCGAGCUCGUACAUUCAUAGUGGCAGAGCCACAAGGAAACCGGGUUGUGUUUGUGAAUCUUGAUGCUUGUAUGGCCUCACAACUCGUGACACUUAAAGUACUCAAGAGGUUGAAGGCAAGGUAUGGAAAUCUUUACACAAAAAACAAUGUUGCCAUUAGCGCCACUCAUACCCACGCUGGCCCAGGGGGUUAUCUUCAAUAUUUUGUAUAUCUUAUAACAUCCUUUGGUUUUGUGCGCCAAUCCUUUGAUGCCCUUGUUGAUGGCAUUGAGCAGAGCAUCAUACAAGCACAUGAUAAUCUUCGACCUGGAUCAAUAUAUGUGAAUAAAGGGGAGCUUUUAGAUGCUGGUGUUAAUCGCAGUCCAAGUGCUUAUCUCAAUAACCCUGCAGAAGAGCGCAAUAAAUACAAAUAUGAUGUUGAUAAAGAUAUGACCCUUUUGAAGUUUGUUGAUGAUGAAUGGGGUCCAGUAGGUAGCUUCAGUUGGUUUGCAGUACAUGGAACUUCUAUGAGCCGUACAAACCCGCUGAUAAGUGGGGACAACAAAGGAGCUGCUGCACGGUUUAUGGAGGACUGGUUUGAUCAGGAUUGUAGUGGAAGUAAACCUUCUGAUGCAUUCAAGGCUAAAGUGAACCCACCAAGAGUCUCAAACAUUAGUCCAUUUGUUUAUGAAAAUCAUUGUGAGUUACAUGAACUUAAUGCUUCUUUCCAAUCUUCUUCGAGCAAACCAGCAACCAGAUUUAAGAGCCUUGCAAGACGGGUACGGAGUACUCCCAGGCAAGCAGAUAGGCCUAUAUUUGUAUCUGCAUUUUGUCAGACGAAUUGUGGAGAUGUUAGCCCAAAUGUUCUCAAGGCCUUCUGCAUAGAUACAGGGUCACCUUGUGACUUCAAUCAUAGUACCUGUGGUGGGAAAAAUGAUUUAUGCUUUGGCCAAGGUCCUGGCACGGAUGAAUUUGAAAGUACACGUAUCAUUGGAGAUAGACAAUUUAAGAAAGCAGUGGAACUUUUUAAUAUAGCAUCCGAGCAAUUAAAGGGAAAGGUUGAUUUUCGCCAUACUUAUGUGGAUUUCUCCAAGCUUGAGGUGACAAUUUCUAAACAUGGAGGAGGUACCGAGGUUGUAAAAACCUGUCCUGCUGCAAUGGGGUUUUCAUUUGCUGCUGGGACAACUGAUGGACCUGGUUCUUUUGAUUUUAAGCAAGGAGAUGUCAAGGGGAAGGCAUUUUGGAGAUGGUUGUCCUACUUACUUAAAAAGCCAAACCAGGAACAAGUUGAUUGUCAACAUUCAAAGCCCAUUCUGUUUAAUACGGGUGAAAUGAAACUGCCUUACGAUUGGUCGCCUGCAAUACUUCCAGUUCAGAUUCUGAGGAUAGGGCAGCUGGUCAUUCUCUGUGUACCUGGAGAGGUUACAACAAUGGCUGGAAGACGGCUCCGAGAUGCCGUGAAAACAGUGCUCACAACUGAAGGUAGCAACGAAUUUGAUGGAAAUGUUCAUGUAGUGAUAGCUGGGUUCACUAAUGCAUACUCACAAUAUGUAACUACAUUUGAGGAGUACCAGAUACAGAGAUACGAGGGUGCCUCAACUCUAUAUGGCCCACAUACUCUCAAUGCCUAUAUUCAGGAGUUCAAGAAGCUUGCAACGUACCUUAUUAGCGGACAAUCAGUGCAAUCUGGUCCAGAACCCCAGGAUCUUCUAGGCAAGCAAAUAAGCUUAUUACCACCAGUUCUGCUGGAUGCAACUCCUCCAGGUGUAAAAUUUGGUGAUGUCAAAACGGAUGUACCCAAGAGCUCCACCUUUAACAGAGGCGACAAUGUGAUAGUCGUUUUCUGGUCAGCAUCCCCAAGAAAUGACCUUAUGACCGAAAGUACUUUUGCUCUCGUGGAGAUUCUUCAAGGGAAGGACUCAUGGGUUCCCGCUUAUGAUGAUGAUGAUUUCUGCCUUCGCUUUAUAUGGUCGAGACCUGCUAAACUUUGUCCUAUAAGUUAUGCAACUAUUGAAUGGAGAAUACCAGAAACAGCUGCUUCAGGUGUGUACAGAAUAAGUCAUUUUGGUUCUUCAAAGAGUCUUCUAGGGUCAAUUAAGCCUUUUACAGGUUCUUCGAAUGCUUUUGUUGUGACUUGA